GGUCAUACAUUAGGGAAAAUUGGUGCAAAUAAGCAGCUCCCUAUUUCCCUCUUUUUCACAUUUACCUCCUCAAAUCAUAUUCUCCCUCUAGAAACCUCGCUAAAACUCCAGUUGCAGCUUAAGCCCCCACAAAUGGCGAUAAGAGCAGCAGCGACCCAGGCGGCAGUGGCUUCCUUUGUGGCACCCAGGUGUGUGAGGGCUCUAUAUUCGUCGUUAACUUCAGGCUUUCCGUUCAAUCUACCUCAGACUCAAACAGAGAAGCCUUCUCCGGCCGAACCUUCCACAAAUCUCUUUGUUUCGGGACUAAGCAAACGCACAACUACUGAAGGGCUUCGAGAUGCCUUUGCAAAGUUUGGUGAAGUGCUCCAUGCUAAGGUUGUGACUGACCGUGUAUCUGGCUAUUCCAAAGGUUAUGGUUUUGUAAGAUAUGCUACUCUAGAGGAAGCUGCAGCUGGUAUAAAGGGCAUGGAUGGCCAGUUUCUUGAUGGAUGGGUUAUUUUUGCGGAGUAUGCGAGGCCAAGACCACCUCCUCCAUAUUUGAAUAAUGCACCUACAUUCAACCAGAGCUGAUUGGAAGAAAGGUCCACUGGUCGAAAUAUGCCAUUCUUUUUAUCAAAUGGAGCGGUUAAAUAACAAGUGGUGUCCUUUCUGUAGUUAGUUAUUCAGAAGAUAGAUUAAGGUGCACCAUCUUAACUGUCUAUGCUUGUCAAUUAAGUGGAACAUUUUUGUAUGGACAAAUAUAACAAAACUAGUCUUUGCCUGUGCAUUAUCUUUUGGGUUUUCAUUCAGGUUC